GGAGGAGUGGAAUGUACUGAUGGCACAGUCCCUCUAGGAACUGUCAUUAUUGCUGCAAGACUGGCCUUUGAUCUUAGGACCCAUCCCCUAAGUGUUCUCACCCCGUUUCUGGUUACGCUGGUUGCAGCACAAAUUUCCAUCUGGAAGGGGAGUGGGGACCAUGUGACCUAGGAUCAAGAAGUUUCAGGCUGCCUUACUCCCUUAACACAGAAGUUGACUGUUUGAAAAGCCUACACCUCCCUUGUGAACUCAAAAUGUUGACAGUGUCUCUGGGUGGCAAUGGGAGAACGGGUUUGGUUUGGUUUUCUCCCAGGCUUCUACUCUCCAGAGAGACUUCAACAGUUUUUCCUAAGUUCUCCACCUCAUAUUUGAAUUCUCCAUGGUUCUGGCACCAGAGUGCCCAUCAGUCAGUGAUCUUUGAAGUGAGAUUUGCUCAUCUUCUGUGGAAGAGACCUUGGGAAACUGAACUUGACAACUUGAAUCUUCCUCAUCUCAUCUCAACCUGGGGUACUUUCAGUGCCACAGGAUACAUAUGGGGCAUCUUUCUGAAGCAUCACUUUCCCUUGAUUCUCUUGAGAGAGACAAAACAUUAAUGUUCUUAGGGAUGACAGUCACACAUAUAUUUCUAAGAGACUAGCAGACUUCUCUCCAAAAUGAAGCUUGGGUUGUCCUCUUUCUGUUCAAUUCCCAGAUUUAACAGAAAGGCUGCCUUCUGCCCUGAGGAUACGUGACUUUUACUUUUCUACCUCUGCCUCUGGUUUUGGUCCCUGGCAGCUGCUGAUUUGUGGCAAAAUCCCAGAGCUCGGAGGCAGAAGAAUGAGUUUCGGUUCCAUUAUUGCCUUUCUUUUAGCCAUGGUAUCAAUCUCUCUCAGUCACUAAGUGAUUGCAACAACACCUUGUACAGUUGUCGGUGGCAUUAAAUCAGAUAGUCUAUAAGAGUAUUUUGUAUAAACUGUAAAGUGACUGUAGGAGCUUGUAGUUCUCAUGAGUAUCACUGCUCCUCUUUUCCACAGUUUACAGAUGAUCAUCAGUGGAACAGUGCUGGUGCUGGUACCGGAGCAACCGACAGCAAACAGAAGAAAAUAAAUAAUGGCACUAACCCUGAGAAAACCACUUCUGGUGGUUACCAUUCACCUGAGGAUGCCCAGGAUCAUACCAUACGAAUCCUUAUGUGUCAGAAAACUGAACUGGAGACAGCGCUCUAUUACAGCCAGGAUGCUGCUAGGAAAUUUGAAGGUGGGAAUCUGGGCACCCCAUCUUCCUUCAACCUGGCAUUUUCACAGGCCUUUGGGCUGCAUCUCAACCUCUCUCAUUCCAGAAGAAUCCAAGGAUCUGGCAGGAUGCCUGCAUCAUUCCUGGAACUUUGCAAGAGAGUUACAGCGGGCUCUCUCUGCUGUGUCCACACAGCACAAGAAGGCGGACAGGUAUAUCAAGGAGUUAACAAAGGAGAGGGACGCUUUGAGUCUGGAGCUGUACAGGAACACCAUAACCAAUGAGGAGCUGAAGGAGAAAAAUGCCGAACUACAAGAAAAACUUCGACUUGUAGAAACUGAAAAGUCUGAGAUCCAGCUCCACAUCAAGGAGCUAAAAAGGAAACUGGAGACAGGCAAAAUCCUGCUGCCACAGGUUCAAACCAACACUUUGCAGGAGGAGAAGAUGUGGAAUCAGGAGGAGGAGCUACGGGAUCAGAAGGAGAAGCUACGGAAGCAGGAGGAGAAGAUGUGGAGACAGGAGCAGAGGCUGCGGAAGCAGGAGAAGGAGCUGCGCGAGCUGGAGGAGCAGAUGCGGAAGAAGGAGGAGCAGAUGUGGGAGCAGGAUAAGCAGAUGCGGAAGCAGGAGGAGCAUAUGUGCGACCUGGAAGGGCAGAUGCGGAAGCAGGUGGAGGAGAUGCAGAAGAAGGAGGAGCAGAUGAUGAAGCAGGAGGAACAGAUGUGGGAGCAGGAGAAGCAGAUGAUGAAGCAGGAGGAGCAUAUGUGUGACCUGGAGGGGCAGAUGCGGAAGCAGGAGGAGGAGAUGCGGAAGCAGGAGGAGCAGAUGAUGAAGCAGGAGGAGCAUAUGCGCGACCUGGAGGGGCAGAUGCGGAAGCAGGAGGAGGAGAUGCGGAAGCAGGAGGAGCAGAUGCGGAAGCAGGAGGAGCAGAUGCGGAAGCAGGAGGAGCGGAUGCGGAAGCAGGAGAAGCAGAUGCAGAAGCAGGAGGAACAGAUGCAGGAGCAGGAGGAGCAGAUGCGGAAGCAGGAGGAGCAGAUGCAGGAGAAGGAGGAGCAGAUGCGGAAGCAGGAGCAGAUGCGGAAGCAGGAGGAGCAGAUGAGGGAGCAGGACGAGAGGCUGCGAUUUAAGGAGGAGAGGCUGUGGGAUCAGGAUGAGAAGAUGCAGGAGGAGGAGGAGAAGAUGCGGGGGCAGGUGGAGGAGAAGAUGCGGGGGCAGGUGGAGAAGAUGCGGGAGAAGGAGAGGACGGGAGAGCAGAAGAUGCAGGAGGAGCGGUGCUCAGAGCCCUGCCUCCCUCCCUCCGAAGAUCUGUAUGAUACGAGCCACCCUGGCAGCGUGAAGCCUGCACGAGAGGCCACGGAGGGUUCUCCUGAUGACAACUGCACUGCACAGAUCAUGCAGCUGCUUGGUGGAAGGAAGAAUGCCCAGGAGUGCCCAGUCUUAGGCAGCACCUCCUGCAUCCCAUUCUUCUACCGAGGAGACAAGAAAAAGAUGAAGAUCAUCAGUAUCUAAAAGCCGGCACUGUCAACAAGGCCUACAGAAGUGUAAGCCGCCACGUGACCUUGUGAAUAUCGUCUGAGAACAAACUUGAAAAAAGAAAAUUUAUUUUAAAUUGUGGCAAAAUACUGGCCGGGCACGGUGGCCUGCACCUGUAAUCACAGCACAUUGGGAGGCCUAGGCGGGGGGAUCACCAAUCCCAGCUACGUGGGAGGCUGAGGUUGCAGUGAGCCGAGAUCACACCACUGCACUCCUCUCUGGCUGACAGAGUGAAACUCCCAUCUCAAAAAAAAAAAAAAAAAAAAAAAAAAAAAAAAAAAAAAAAUUUCUACUUGAGGACUCUAAUAUCUAUGUAUGUUUCUAUUUUUUUUUUUUCUUGGUCUUUCUCGUUUAGUCUUGUGUUGUCUUGUCUUAUGGCAUACCUAGUAAACUUUUAUCUGCCUCCAGAGAGUAUUGACUUUGACUUUAUGGCACACAAUUGGCGUUCAAGCAGAUCACCUUCAUCUAGUUUGGGACUAAGCUGGCUCAAAGCAGGUUUUAGUUUUUGUGACAGCUGGUCUAUUUUUUAUUCUUUUGGAUUCUUAGGGGUGGCCCUUCCAGGAUCC